GAGCGUCGGAUUGUGUUUCUUGUGCUUCUGAAAAGUUAAAUCAGUAUCACUACUACGUCUUAUGCGUAUAGUGUAACACAAAGAUGUUCCAUCUGAAACGCAAAAUGUUACUGUACGUGCUUUAUUUAGUUUUUCUUGACUCUGUUUCUUCAAAUGUUUUGAGCGAAACAUCGACAUCAGGAAUGAUUCGAAGAUUGAAUAAACUUGAAAGCAAUGUAUUCAAGAUUCGAAACGAUAUCAUUGAAGACUUAAGAGAUGGCUUAAGAGAUGAAUUGCGUGAUUUACGUAAGGAUCUGAAAGAAGAAAGAGAUUUAAUAAGAGCGGACAUUUCUACGCUUUUUAACAUGUUAACGGAAUCUUCGGGACAUGUUAUUAGGCACACAAAUGGAGAAGUUUCGAAUGCGCAGCAAGGGUCAUGUAAUUGUGGAGCUAGUUUGAGUCAAUUUGAAAAUGUAAUUAAUGCGUUUAAGAAAGAAAAAUCCGAAAACAUACUUUUUCGAAAGGAAUUUAACGAAAUGAGAAAACAACAUGACGACUUUUAUUUAAGAUUUAACAAUGCGAAAGGAAAUUACGUUCAGAAAUAGACACCAUUAAAAAUGAGACAAUAGCAGGCUUCAGCGCUACACAGAAACAAGUUCACGAUAUUCAAAAAGACUAUCAAUCAGAGAACAUAACCACUCGAAAAACAUUUAACGAAAUGAGAAAACAACAUGACGACUUUGAUUCAAGAUUUAAGAGUGCGGAAAGGAAAUUACGUUCGGACAUAAACAAAAACAAAAAUGAAGCAAAAGCGGACAUUACUGCGACACAGACACUACUUCACACUAUCCAGAAUGACACGCGUGCAUACUGCGACGACCGGUUAAUUCUUUUAAAUGAAUCAUUUGAGAAUCGUUCAUUGAAAACAUUACAGGAAAUAUCUCGAAUAACAUCAGUUAUUACAAAUCUUAAAACCUCGAAUGAAAUCUCGAAGAACGUUAGUGAUGAUAUCAGUCGGCGUCAAAGCAAAUACCAUAAUUCUUGUGACGGUGUGGCGGUGAGUGGUGAAUACAUCAUAAAUCCAUAUGGUAUGAAGGUGUAUUGUGAUGUGGACUCCAAGAACAAGGGCUGGAUAGUUAUUCAGAGGAGAAUGGACGGGUCUGUAGAUUUCAAUCGCAGUUGGGCCGAUUACAAAGCUGGCUUCGGCAACGUGAAAGGCGAAUUCUGGUUGGGCAAUGAGUAUAUCUACCAGCUAACUAAGGACCAACCGAAAGAGCUGAGGAUUGAUAUGGAGACGUUCGAUGGACGAAAGAGAUAUGCAUUGUAUUCUGCAUUCAGUGUUUUAUCUGAGUCUGAGAAGUAUAAGCUCCGUGUGGCCGGAAACACUGGUGACGCAAGAGAUAAUUUAGAAACUGUGCAUAAUAAUGUGUCGUUUUCAACUUUCGAUGCCGAUAAUGACCAAUCGACGACAGGUUGCUGUGCUUGCAAGUACGGAGGAGGUUGGUGGUAUGAUCAGUGUUUCUUGGUAAAUCUAAACGGCAAAUACUUUAAAGAAAGUGAGACUGCUUCUGACUGGCAAGGAAUUCGUUGGUAUUCAUUCACUAGUAUAACGCAAUCUUUGAAAUAUGUGCAAAUGAGCAUUCACUAAAAGUGCACUUUUAUUUUUGAAGAUACUAUGAUACAGGGUAUUGGAGCCACCAGUACAAGGUACAUUUAUUAUUCGCGUAUCGCCUUCGCAAACGAUGUUGCUAAUUUUUAAAAAUAAAAUGUAUUUACAAAAUUAUACAUAAAUUUAAUGCGCUGUAACAAAAUCGACAUACGUUUCUAAUAAAAGAGUUUACAAUCAUGUAAAUAAUAUAACGUAGACCUUUGACAUAUAUCAUGCGUAAUUAAUUAUUAUCUUUAGUACUUGUGAGUUAUCACAUGAUCAAAUGUCAAGAACGCACAUACAUACGGAAAGGAGGCGAAGUGCAAAUAAGGCGUUCGAUGGACGAAAGCGAUAUGCGCUGUAAUCUGAGUUCAAUGUUUCAUCUGAAUCGGAAAAGAAUCAGCUAUAUGCGGCCGAAUACUCUGGCGAUGCAGGAGACAGUUUCAAUACGUUUACCCCUAUUCAUACAAUAAAACGAAAUCACAGCGGUCAGUCGUUUUCAACUUGUGAUGCCAAUAAUGACCAAUCGUCAGGAUGCUGUGCUUGCCUGUACGGAGGAGGCUGGUGGUAUCACAAUUGUUAUACCGUAAAUCUACAAGGCAAAUAUUUUAAUGAAAGUGAGAAAGUUUCUGUCUAGGGAGGAAUUCGUUGGUCCUUACAUAACCUGAUACAGAGGUCAUUAAGUAAAACAUACACUUGUCAUUCGUUUUUUGCCUACGCAAAUGUUACUAAACUUAAAAAGUAAAAUGUAUUAACACAGUGUUUAACAUCUUAAAAAUGCAAUGUGCAACCUAGUUUCUUUAACUAGAUUUUACAAACGUGUAAAGAAUAUAACCUAGAAUUUAACCUAUGAUUAGAAAAAAUCGUGCUUUAUCUUGUUUGUUUGCAAUGCAUAAGUGAAUCGUGCUUCAUCAAUCGUUAUCUGCAAUAAUCUCAGUUAUCACAUGAUUAAUUUUUAAUAGAGCAAAGCCAGACGGACAGGCGGACAAAACGCAUGUCAAAACAUAGAUAGGGGACAAAACAUACAAGUCACGAAGUGAAUACAUUUAUCGAAGUGCACUUAAUUGAUACCUCUAUGCGAACAAUGGUAAUAAUGUACUAUUGUGUUGAUUUCGUGUCCUAUAAUUAAACGUAAUCGAUAUCAUUACCGUUAAACCGUUUAAUCGUUAAUGUUGUUGUUGUUUUUCGUAAAAGCUGAAUAACUCUUAUGUAUAGCAUUUUGACAAUAACGGUACUAAUGAACUUGCUCAGUAGAUCACGUUAAAACGUGCUUAUACUCCAGAAAUGUUGAAUGCAUCUCCUUAAAAAUAAAAAAAAACAACUCUUAAACAGUAUUAUGUAUACAUCUCUGUAUGCCAACAUUAGUAAAAUAGAAAAAUUAUAAAGUGUGACUAUAUUAUUCGUUCAGCAUUAAGGAUACACGCAUGGAAUGUGUUAUAUGCUUUAAAAAAACUAUAUGUCGGCCAUUAAUUCCGUGAAAUGAAACGGAAUAUCUUUGGAAAUUAUGUCAUCAAACGUGUGCCAAUCUCUUGUAAAAACAUUGUAAAAAGAGAAAAUCCGUUACAGACACUGUAUCUUACUUGACUCCCAACCUUACCACUUACCAGCUGACUGCAUUCGUGCUAUUAUCUCGACGCUGCAUCCAUCUGGAAAAUAAAUGCCAAUUGUUCAUCAAUGUGAAUGCUUCACGUGUUCAACAGAACAUCUUUAAAGGUCUGGACAGGCCAAACACAUGCCUAGUGUGAGGGCGCUGUUGUCUUGUAAACGCAUAUGUAUAUGUUUAUAGCAACAGCCUUAUUGGUGAUGCGUAUGUUUUGUGUUUGGUUUUUCGUAAAGUGUUCAAAUGGCUUUGUAUAUAAUAUAUAUGUGUUGUUAUGAAUAAAAUAACAUGUUUAUUUAUUGAUUAAAUUAAAUGUUCUUAAUUUGUAUAAUGAGUUGUAUAAAAUGCGUUUUAUAUGUAGUAAAUAAAAUUAUGGUGCCAAAUCUGA